AUUAACCUUUAUACAGAAAUUAGUAUAGUGGAAUGACGCAUAGAUAUCAAUGUUGAUAUUAACUCAUUAAUCAUAUUGGUUUAAAGAAGCUCUUCAAGCAGACAUUGAUAGCUUGGUAGGGAACCAUAAUUGGACAGGGAACCAGAUUAUCCCGUUGCCAACUAUCAUUCGGUGAUGUUUUAAUUUAACGGUAACUAAAACACGCAGCAUUGUUACGUCACAAAAGUUGACGUUACACAUUAGCAACGUCAUAUUGCACCCGGAAGAUUACAAAGGCUGUUUCUAAACCAUUUAAUUAUGAAAAAUUAAUGGCUCGUGAAAAUCGAGGCUGUUUUGUUUGGCUCAUAAGUUUAAAGAAGUCAUGCAACGAAAGGUUUGCAAGAUUUCGAAACCGCAUGCGCCAAAGAUACUAUGCAAGAAGAGGCAAGACCCUUGACCCAGAAACCCUGUUAAAUGAAACAGGAAAUGCCGACAUGGUCGUCUGUGAGAUUGCCAGCAAGUCAAAUAAAGUCGUUCCUCAAUGGUUGUCAUCUCUGAUUGGUGAUGUUGUUGAUAAUGAAAGUACAACAGUGAAAGAGACCACAUCAGACGACAAACUUGUUGAAGAAUACGUGACAUGCAUCAUAGACAAGGCAGCCGACACCCUGAGACAGGAGUUGCCUAGCAACACAGCGACCUUAACAGUGAGGCCAGCAGACGACAACAUAUCAUUGUCCUCCAGUAUCAUCAGCCAAAUUGCUGAUAUGGCUGUAACAGAGAGCUUGUCAAAUAUUGUGAUGGAUGCCGACACCAACCACUCUGCUUUUAGAGCACCUAGAACUAUCAAAGAAUUCAAGGAAGUAUUUGGCAUAACCGGAUGUGACAUCACUGAUGAUGGUCGUCCACCUGUAAGUGACUAAAUGAUUAAGGUAAGAAUUGAUAAUAAAUUCAGAUUUUUUUUUAUCAAAUCCAUUGUUGAAACAUUUGG